GUUACCGUGGCAACCAGAAAGUCAACGCUCUACUCAGAUCGAACGUCUAAAAGUUACGCAGUACAUAGAAAACCAAUUCAAAAUCCUAAAACGAACCUUUAGAUAAUUUGUGGAAAAGUGCAUUCAUUGACCUUCCCACGACCAAAUUCCCUGCACGGAAGCGUUUUCAAGUUAGCUAGUGAGCUAACGUGACGGACAGUGCUAAUAAUAAUAAUAGCAAUGGACGCUAAUUCGUUAUCCUACUCGUUGGAGCUGGUUGCGGGUAGCGGGUGCAUUUUGAAUUCGGAGCAAAGAGCAGCUCUUCAAACUUCACUGAUUAUCCUAAAGAAGAACUACAAAUUCAAUAGAGUGCUAUUUUGGGGGAAAAUACUCGGUCUGAAGGAGCACUAUUUCAUCGCUCAGGGGCGAAGGGAUGAUGAGUUGAAGGAUACGCAGCAUUUUUACAGCUUCAACUGCAUCGACUGGUUUCUAAUCCCCGCAACCACAACUGCAAUGAUUGAGGAUGUGGCCAAAACAGCUAAGGGUAGAUUCGAAGGCGACCCAUCAUUUGUAUACGAGUCCAGACCAGCAGACAGAAAUGAUCCUGUGCCGGAUGAGUCAACAACCAAAGUGACCGAGGAAACAAGACUGUCUGUGACGGUCCACCACAUCAACGAGGAAGCUUCUGUCGUGCCCCGGGGCGCCUUUAUCAACAGCAUGCAUGGUGUUGUUCAGAUUAAUCGCAGUUUUGGUGGUCUUUCUUACACUCAAGCGGGAAAACUUGAACAUUUUCUUCACUUCGCUCAGCCCAAGAAUCUGAAGAAAAAGUCAUUGUUGGAGAUGGCUGAUUUGAACCCCGCCUUGGACUUUCUGGAUCCAUUGAGUGAGGACAUUCCAAAAGGAUCAUGGAGUCUUCAGUUUGAGAGUGCCAACAAAGUAUGCGUGAUCCGCAGCCUGCUGUGGUUGGGCCUUACCUUCUACCACGUGCCCAUGACACCACUGCAUGGAUUCAUAUACAUCGGCUAUGGGACCAAAAAUUUGGACCUGCCCUUCAUGCUUUAAAAAGAGAAAUGCUGUGUACUGCAUGUCAAUUUGCCGUAUUGUUCCAUUCAGUUGUAAUGCUGAUUAAAGUAAUACAA